AUGGUCAUGUCAUCGGUUUACGCGCCCACCGGUGUAGUCAACACCAACGAUGGUCUAGGAAAAAUUUUGGAUAAUGUAAAUUUAAUAUCAAAACAUGUAAAACAGUGUGAAUGCAACGAUACGCUGAUGGAUUCAGGUUGUACAUCCACAGGCGCAGAAAAUGGCAUGCACGCCAAGUGUACUGUCGAGCCAGAGCUGGUGUGUGGUGAUUCUAUGAACCGCUCCAGAUUAAUUUAUUACCAUCACCAUCUAUCAGAUUCUUUAAAAGGAUAUGUUUCUCCAGAUUACUUAACUUCUAUUAAUGCAGGUUACCAAUCUGAGAUACAAUUUAAUACGGAAGCUGCAAGGGAAAUAAAUAUUGCGGGCUGCGCUAAUUUUUGCGAUACUGCAACUGACACACCAACAUCUGACAACGAUACCGUAUGUUUUGAUGAAUUCGAUGAAAAUUCGGAUUAUUUCGACGAUAUAAUUGCGACAGAACAAGAAUUUCCGUUUGUUACAAGAGAGUGCAUAAUGGGACUGAUUAAUAGAUACGUCAAUUGUACCCCUCAAUUGGAAACAGCAUCAAUGAGGCUCCUUCUAUCAAGAGACUCUAUCGAUGUGUCUACAAUUGAACCCACUCAAGUCAUAAGGUACAACCGUUCUCGUAUUACACGUUACGAUGGGGUCAGGGACCAUUUGGAAAAUUCUUCAGUAUUCAGGGGUGUGCGACAGGGCUUAUCGGAGGAGAACACGGAAGCCACUCCCACAACUCCAACGGAAACUGCUGAACUUCCAAAACUAUUGGUGGUACUGGACUUAGACGAGACACUGGUGCACAUGCAUGAUAGACCAAAUGAACAGUUUGAUUAUUUGGUCAAUAUUGUAGAACCAGAUGGAUGCAACCCGGAACGCGUCCAAUUCCAGUGUGCAAGUAGCAGUAUUGUCGGAUUCACUGUACACCCAACUAUGCAAGUGUCACUCCGACCAGGUGUACUUGAGUUCUUCAGGUACCUACGUGCACAUUGCUCAAGCUUCGCCGUUGCUCUCUUUACUGCCGGGACAAGGCAUUAUGCUGACGCCAUUCUACACGCAAUUGACCCUCUUGGUCACGUGAUACCGCGCUCAGCACGUUUUUACCGAGAUAGUUGCGUGCUCACAUCGACACCGAGUUCCAUAAGCCACUUGCGUGCAAGUUGUUUGGGUAUCGGUAGCCGUAACCGUGAUGAUACAGUCCCGCAAGUAUUCUUAAAGAAAGACUUGACUGUACUAGGUUGGCCAUUGAGUCGUGUUGUUUUUUUCGACAACUCACUCCUCUCCUUCAUGGCAAACCCGGAUAAUGGUGUGUGGGUCCGCCCAUGGCAAGGUGCUCAACCUUACAUUGAAGGUGGUCACGUAAAGGUUGUCGCUACGUCUAGGCGAGGAUUCUCUGGGUUAUCUAAUGUUGGCGGUCAGGAUGGUUUAUACGAGUUUCAGCAGAUUGUGCACCUACUUGAGGAAUUAAAAAAUGUAGCGGAUGUUAGGCAGGUCUUACGACACAAGUUUACGAUUCACGAAAUUAUUGAUGCUGUAAAGGGUAGACGUGGGGGACAGGCGACCCUGGAAGGUCUAUUAUUGACAUGA